GACAAAUAUAUCUUACCUAAUACUAUGUUACUCAAUCGGUAUUAUCAUUAGUAUUUAUUUCGAGCAUUAGUUUACGUAUACAUAAUCUUUAUAAAUAAAUAUCAAUUAAAUAAAAUUGAUUAUAUAUCUAUAUAUAUAGAUAGAAUAAGAUAGAAAGGAAUUAGUAGAAUAAAUAACGCACAUUCCAUGUUACCAAAGAAUAUUAUCAUGUUUGUGAUAUCCUUAUCCGUUGUCUCAAAAUAUUCCUUCUACCAUAGCAGACCGUUAGGAAGUAUAUUUUUAAUCAAUGGACAAGAAUAGAUAGGAUUCUUGAUCGAUAAUACAUAUGCACCUUCCACAUGAUGCAUUUUCCAGCAAAUUUGAAGACAUUUUUGUUCCUACUUCUAUGGAGAUUAAUUUCUGUUUUUAUUGUACAAACUGCACAUGUGCCAGACGAAUACUGGCAAUCUUUGGAAGUUGCCCAUCGUCUUGCCUUUGGAUAUGGAUUUCUUACUUGGGAAUGGACUGCGAAAAUCCGUAGCUAUAUCUAUCCAUUCUUGAUAAGUUUUUUAUAUCGGAUAUUAGCCAAUUUUUCUUUAGACUCUGUUAUUACUCUAACACUACUACCAAGAUUAUUCCAAGCUAUGAUUAGUGCUUAUGCCGAUUAUAGAUUUUAUAAAUGGACCAAGAACAAAUGGAUGUUAUAUAGUUUAUGUAUUAAUUGGUACUGGUAUUAUUGUGCUACGCGCACACUCAUUAACUCAUUAGAGACUGCUUGUACUAUCAUAGCUUUAUCCAUGUUUCCAUGGCGCAACACUAAUAUCAAAAGCGCUAGAUACCUAUGGGUAGUUGGUUUUCUUUGUACAAUAAGACCAACUGCUGCUAUCGUGUGGGUACCCUUAUGUAUAUAUCAUUUAUCUACUAGUUUACAAAACAAAAUAUUAAUUAUUUGUCAGUACGGCAUGGUUGGUUUUAUAUAUUUAUUAGGUUCUGCGAUAUUAGAUAGUUAUUGUUACAAAAGUUUGACAGUCUCUUGGUGGGAGUUUUUCCGUUUAAAUGUUUUACAAUCAAUAAGCGAUAUGUAUGGAAAAGAACAUACAUUGUGGUAUAUAUUCUCCGCAUUACCUGUCCUUCUAGGACUUCACUGCGUUACAUUCUUAGGAAUGCUUCCGCAAAUAAUAAAACGUCCUAAACAAUUUCAUAGAGAGGCAGUAAUGUUAGUAGUCAUUGGGUGGACGCUUGGUGUUUAUUCUUUAUUGUCUCACAAAGAAUUUCGCUUUCUAUUACCGCUCUUGCCAAUGUUUAUAUAUAUAAGUACAAGUUGUACCAUUCACGUCAAAGUAAUUUCUAGAGAAUUAUUGAGAAAGAUAUUUUUAUAUAUUUUAACGAUAACCAAUCUAAUUCCUGGACUUUACUUUUCUUUGAUCCAUCAACGUGGAACGUUAGAUAUUAUGAAUAUCUUACAAAACGAUUUGACUAAUGAAAAUUGUACAUCUGUAAAUAUAUUAUUCCUAACACCCUGUCAUGCCACACCCUUAUACAGUCAUUUGCACAUCGAUGUGCCUACUAGAUUUUUGACUUGCGAACCUAAUUUUACAAAUUCUAAUGAUUACGUAGAUGAGGCGGAUCAAUUUUUUGAAAAUCCAAUGCUUUGGAUUAGAAAUAAUGAUUUACAAAAACAUGGUGUAAUACCAAGUCAUCUAAUAAUGUUUGAUAAUAUUCCAUCAAAGAUAAAAGAUUUUCUUGAAAAUUAUAGAUUAUUAAGCAAAGUUUUUCACACUCAUUUUCCACAAUCGAAUUAUGGAAAAUAUAUAAUGUUAUACAAACGUAUAGAUUAAAUAAUAUUUAUUAAAUGAAUAGAUUAAAGUUAACAUUACUCGACCUAUUAUAAUUAACUAUAACUUUGUGUAAACAAUUGUUUAUUUGAAAAAACACGCAGUAAAUAUAAAGUGAUACUUAAAAAAUGAUAAAAUAUAAUCUCACUUUAGAAAUGAUAUAAUACUUAAUUUUUAUGUUAUGUGGAAUAAUGUUUUCGCUUUUUGAAUGUUGUAACUUUGGAUUUAACUACAGAGUAAAUCUGAUAAUAGUCACGAAUAGAACUUUCGAAUAAUUAUUACGGAAGAAUGUGGUAAAAGUUUUGAUUUAUUUGAUCAUAGCACGAUGUACAUUAUAUAUACGCUAUUUAUUAUUACGCGAAUAAAAAUUGUUCGAUGCGAUAAGGUAAAGAA